GCCAAGAUCGAGCGACGCCCUGGAGCGCCAUACCAGACCCCAUGAAGUCGGCGUACGACGAGACACGGCAUGCUGUAGUAGGAGAUAACCUUCUGGAGACGCGAUGGAUUCCUCGGCCCCGAAACGACGCAAGACGUCGCCUACUACGAGCGUCCCAGUCGGCGGCGCCACCGCGCCCGCGCCUUCAGAUGCCUCUGCAAGGCGACCUGCACGACGACACAUGCCUUCGUUCGCGUCGCCGACAAAGGCCAGCCUGGCGCGAUCGAACCCCGACGUUCUAGAGCGGAUGAACGCCGGACCGCGAGCCCGACGGCUUAACGACACGCCCGCGUCUGCGGUCGGUAGCUCGACGGGGAAUGGAGAUGGAUCUGAUCCCGCGCGGGCGCCCGCCGAUUCGGAGCUGGGCAAUGGGGAUGCGCGACAUAUACGAUCCGACUCGGCUGGCCAGCCGGGAAGCUCCAUCCGACGGGCGACUGGAGCUAUGGCUUCACGGCCACGAAGAACUCCAAACAGACCGUCACCGCGUCCGUUGCCACCCCCCUCGGCGGAAGAAGAGGAGUUGAUAAAUCCUUUUAGGGGGCGGGUUCUGCGACGUUCUCCGCUCGCUGGCGUGCCCGUGCCAGAGGAACCAGAGCUCCCGCCGACGCCGACGCAAAAAGGCAUUUCGGAUCCGGCCUCAGUCCAUACCUCUCCUAUCGGGAUCCACAACACGCCCUCCAAACGCCCGAGGAGGAGCAGGGCGCUAGCCGAGAGGAUUAAGAGCUCUCCGCUAAAGCAGCCACCUCUCCAUCCUCCCGAACUCACCAGGGAGCUGACGCCAGUCGCGGCGCCGUCUCGCGUCGCCGACAGGCUAGCCGCGUCGGCUCCGCGAGAUCGGAAAAGGAAGCGCAAGCCCCACCCGGCUCGGAAUGUCGAGGAGCUCGACGCGCUCGCGGAGAAGAAAGCGCUGCGUGAUUCGCUGCUGGCCGAAGUUGGCCGUUUGAAAUCGGACCUGGAACUCGCCGGUCGCGCGAACGACCGCAUCUAUCAGCAACAGCAGGCAAGCCGGGAUAAGUCGGCGCCCUCGGAACCCGAGGACAAGGACGGCCUCCUCGACUUGCUUCGACGGCAUGCUCUUCCUCCCGAGCAAGAACCUGCCCCGCGCCCGUCCCAAGACUGGCUCGAAGCGGCGUUAAAUCCCAUCUCCCUCCUGCCCUUCAGCAAGCCAGAUCUGUUGCUCCCACCCCUACUCCCCCCCCAGAAAGAAAGCGCGCACGAGACGGAGAAACCUCCGACGUCGCACCACCCCGUGCCGAUGACGGCGGAAGAAGAGUUGCCCUACCUUCAGGUUUUUACGCCCCUGGCCUUCGCGUCGACCAUGUCCAUCCUUCCCCGGGACGACACCGCGGACGGGCCCGGCCCGCUCCUGCAGAGGCAUGCCAUCGCCAUCGCGUCGACGCCCCCGGGCUUGUUUGUUGCCAGGGUCGAGAUGACGGUCAACACCAAGUCUCUAGCUAUCGUGGACCUGCGCGUGCCGCACCUCGAUCCAGCGGCAGUCAACGAAUUGGGACCUCUCGCGGAGAGAAUUAUCCGGGGCGCGGGCUCCAGCGCCCUCGCACGGAAUAUCGGCGUCCUGACCUGGGCGAUGGGCGAGUGGCUCCGGGUCGCCGUGCGGAGGGCUCGGUUCUGGCACGCCGUGCAGAAGGACCUGGGAGGCAGCGAGGGCCUGGCAAGGUGCGCCAGGGAGAUGAGAGAGGUUCUGAAGAAGGGGGUUACGCGAACCCGUCCACCGCGAGACGAGGAAGACGAAGACAACAGCGAAAACGAGGGCGGGGCCGAGCCAGGCAACCCGCAAAUACCCCUCACUAAGGCUGACCUGCUCCCGUAUAUGGGAAAGACGGACCUUGACCUAGAGCUGGCCGACGCAGAUGGUGCGGAAGAGGCACCGAGCAUCCGCAUACGAUGGCGCAUCGAAUUCGACUGGACAGGGGAAGCGCAAAGCAAGAUGGGGCUCCUGGUCAGCGCCCCCACGAAGUGGCACGGGCACGAUACCCGAAGUAGCCUGGGAAACAUCCCGGACGUGUUUGACAAGCUGGUCAAGGACAACAAGGAUCCGAUGAUGGCCUUGCGGACGGUAGUCGCCUUGCUAGUCGGCGAAGGGAGGUGAAUUGCUGCCAGACGCGAUGUGCUAUAAAAUAUGCUGUGCGAGGAAGACGUGAGAGAGAGGGACUGGUGCAUUUGCCAGAGGGCAGGCUCGGUUACGGGCACUCGCACACGCGCACAUCGAGACAUCAUA